GGAUUCUGCAGGGGAAAAUUUGCGAGUGACACAAAAAAUCCUGAUGUCCUUGCGAUAUCCUGUGAAAUCUACGAUCCCUGGUGUGACAGACCUCCCUUCCACCAUCACCCCCACUCCGGAGAACAUCAUCACCACCACCACUUCUCUGGGCAAGGACAUCCCCGCCCCAGUCCACACAGACAUCAUCAUCAUCACAGCUUUGGCCCUGGACAUCGUCAGAGACAUUACCAUAGAUGCCCACCACCUCCUGAAAAUAGAGUCCUCCACCCUGAAGGAUCUGAGCAUCAUCACAAUUUCUCUGGAGAGGAACAUAAGCAUGGGCCUCCUCAUCUUUCUCCAUCAGGUCCUCAUUAUCCUCCCCCGCCUCCUGGCAGACCACAUGACAGACAUCAUUAUCCCGGCUUUGGCCCUGGACAUCGUCAGAGACAUUACCAUAGAUGCCCACCACCUCCUGAAAAUAGGGUCCUCCACCCUGAAGGAUCUGAGCAUCAUCACAAUUUCUCUGAAGAGGAACAUGAGCAUGGGCCUCCUCAUCUUUCUCCAUCAGGUCCUCAUUAUCCUCCCCUGCCUCCUGGCAGACCACAUGACAGACAUCAUUAUCCCGGCUUUGGCCCUGGACAUCGUCAGAGACAUUACCAUAGAUGCCCACCACCUCCUGAAAAUAGAGUCCUCCACCCUGAAGGAUCUGAGCAUCAUCACAAUUUCUCUGAAGAGGAACAUAAGCAUGGGCCUCCUCAUCUUUCUCCAUCAGGUCCUCAUUAUCCUCCCCCGCCUCCUGGCAGACCACAUGACAGACAUCAUUAUCCCGGCUUUGGCCCUGGACAUCGUCAGAGAUAUUACCAUAGAUGCCCACCACCUCCUGAAAAUAGGGUCCUCCACCCUGAAGGAUCUGAGCAUCAUCACAAUUUCUCUGGAGAGGAACAUCAGCAUGGGCGUCCUCAUCUUCCUCCUCCACCCGGUCCUCAUUAUCCUCCCCCUCCUUAUGGUUGUAAACACGGCCAUAGACAUAACCGUCUACACCAUCAGGGGUCUAGCAAUUUUUCCCAGGAAAGAGGAGGACAUGAAGGCAGCUCCUCAGAAGAGCACAUUUCAUCCCAAACACCUCAUCCUUUCCAUAAAAGACAGGUUGGAUCCAUCCAUCACAUUCCAGUUUUAAAUCAGCAUGAUGUCCUCCCAGCUCCUGCUGCAAACUUCCCUGACCAUCCGCCAGCUCCCCAGAAUCCAUUUUGCAAAUAUUUAAGCGAGAAACCAGCAAUU